AUGGGCACAAGCGCCACCCCAACAACUGGACAGAGACUCGACAAGGAGACGGAAGAUGUCGUCAACGCGGGGGAGAGGGCAGAUGGAGUUCUCAUCCAAGAAGAUGGUGACAUCCCUGACCACACUUCGGAUCACAAGAAUCAUGAGAUCACCGACUCACCUUCACUCUCCCCUGGAAAGGCCUCGCCAGCAGCGCCAUCAAAGCCAGACGACAAAUACACCCACUGGGCCUCCAUCCAAAUCUCCCACGCAAAGUCCCUUCACACCCGACCCUCUCACAUCUCCAUCAUCCUCACUUCCUACUGUCUCAUUGCGCAAUCCGCCUCAUUAUACUUGGGCGGAGGCUGGCUUUGGUGGAUGGCUGUUCCUCUUGCGGUAGUCGGUCUGGUGACUAUCGGUCAAAGAGCCGAGGCGAACGAAGAAUGUGUGGAUCUGGUCAGGCGUUGCGAAGAACGAAUGAGGUUUUGGGCCGAGGAAGAGAAACAGGAGGCAGUCGAUACCGAGUUUCUAAGUUUUCUGAACGACUCCAAAUCCCCUCCGUCAUUCCAACCAAUACCAUCUUCCAUCCUCCUCUUCCCCUACGAAAAAGGCGCCAUACCAGGCUCUUGCAUGUCUCUCUUCAUCUUCUCCCUCGUCUACCUCUUCGCCUUCUACUCCGGCUUCAACGGCGUUCUGUUCCACGUCGGCGGGUUCGGGACUUUCCUCUCAACCUUCCGGCUUCGCAUCCUUUUUGGCGCUUUGUCGAUGAUGGGGCCGCUGAUCUGGUAUCUCGUCUACUACAAUCGCGCCUCCGCAACCACGAGGCUGGACAUUGAAGGGGCGAGGUACAGAUGGGCUUGGCACAAGGAGCAUAUGGGGGCCGAAGGGGUGAAGGCUUUGGAGGAGAUUUUGCCGGGAGAGCAGGUCGAUUAUCUUCGGCGGUUUUUUGUAGGAGAGAGUGAUCGGGGAGAAUGA